CUUCUUGCUCUGUCAAUUUCGCAUUGUGUUCUUAAUUGAAUGCCAAGGUCCAGGCAUUCUCGCUUUGAGUACGAUGAUGUUUCAACUCUCACAACAUUCAAUUUGGAUGGUCCGCCUUCUGAACCAGAUAACGAAAGUGUGCUUAGCAAGCUCUUUCUGAAAGUCAAAAGUGCCGUUUCAGGGCCAACUCCGGUAGUCGGAUCUCCUGGUGCGAGCAUCUCGUCCAUCUCAACCUAUGAAUCCCAAAGCAAGCCCCUGAAUCAUCACAAUGACAGUAUCUACUUUUACUCUCACGGUGGCGAUUCGUUAUACCAAACUAAUACCUCCACCACUGGAUAUGCCUCCACCAGUGGUAGCAAAGGACCGACUGCGGUGUCCAAUGUGACCGACAACCAUAGUCGAAUAUCGCAGAGUCAAGAAUCUGAAAACGAGGAAGACUCUGACGACGAUAUAUUAGAAGAACCGAACAUUGUGACCAUUACAUCUCCAACUCCACCGGCUUCUCGCCGCCCAACACUAGACGUCUUGAUACCACCACGACCGAGAACCAAUAUCGUAUCCAGUAACAAAUCUGCAUACCACAGCGCAAAUAGCGUCAAGGCGUCAUCAGAAGCUACGCCAAAUGCGGAUGAGCGUCUAUAUAAUUUUCAGGCGUCCAACUUCGAAGUACAGGGAAGAAUAUCGAUUGAUUCUACCGGCUACCCGAUGGUUCGAAGAUCCUCAGCUGACAGCGACACUCAAUCGAUUAUGACAACUUUCUCUGUCUCGAAUUCUAACUCUCUGGGUCGUAUCAUCUCACGGUUGCGGGGAGAAAAGCGAAACACCGAGUUUUGGAUGCCCGACGAGCAAUGCAAAGAAUGUUAUGAUUGCCAGCAACCGUUCAACUUCUUGAGACGUAAACAUCAUUGUCGCAUUUGUGGUCAAAUAUUUUGUGCCAAGUGCGCAUCUAAUAUCAUUCAAGGUCAUCGAAUUAAUCAACAAGGUCAAGUGCGAGUAUGUAAAUUUUGUCUCGCCAGUCUUCAGUCACAGGAAGAAGAAGAAGCAGAGGCUAUAGCUCAUGAAACCUAUUCGUAUCAAAGGCAAAUGGAACCACCAGAGUCUUUGGCAGAUCUAUCUCCUGUGGUACCUGAUCAAAAGCCUCCAUUAGCUCCUCCACAGAUGAAUAUUCAAGCUGCAAAACGUCCCACUUCCGAUAGCGGAAAUGCAUCCGUCACAACCCUGCAGCUGGAAAUACCAGAAAGACUGAUUCCGCCACCCUCACCAAGCAUGGAUAUGAGCUUAAGCACAUCAUCACUUACACUGCAACCAAACAUUCCAAAUCAUACUGAUAACGAGGCUGGAAUUCGAAAAUUUUUAGUGGAUGCUAGCAACUCCUUACUCCGUCCUCGAUCUCGCACCAAUACCUUGAGUUCGUUUGUUGUGGACAAUUCUUUGGGAAUAUUGGAAUAUAGACCUUAUGGAACACAUGGUUCCCCUGUACCGUUUCGAAGGCAGUCAGUAUCACCCGGCGGAAGUCAUCACGAUGCAGGCGGAGGUACGGUAGUGGAUGAGAUCGAAUUCGAUUCUUUCGUAUCCGAUGGCGAGAGUGGUGAUUAUGACGAUUAUGACAAAAAUCCCCAUCGAGUCCUUAAUUUCUUAAGUGGAAAUUAUGAUCGACCUCCCUCCGUUGGAUUUGCGUUUGCAGGUAUCAAUUUUGGAUCAGCGAGUGAAGAAGCGCCUCCACCCACCCCUACGGCAUCUACCAGUGCAUUGGAUUAUGGCGGAAGUGAAGAUGAGUCGUUUGAUCACCGAGCUCGAUCGAGGCGAACUGAAGAGUUGAGGGGAAUGUUUGGGCCAAAAGACAAGACAGCUAGUAUGCGGAGACGACGUAGUUUAACCACUGGAGCUGUUCGGCCUGUGCGAAGCAAGAGCAAGAGUCUGUUACGCAAUAUGCAAAUGAGUCCCAGUAUUUUGUCUGACAUCUACAGCAACGACGGCCCACCAUCCUCACCUAUGACUUUGGAACCAAUGACACCUAAUUCCUACAUGCCUCUGAAUGUCAGUGGAAUAACAAAUUGGCUAGGAACAUUAGACCCCAGUUCUCCUAUAUCCGUCAAGGGCAGUCCUCCCUUUUCAUCCAAACAUCGUCGAGUGUCAUCCGCUCCUGUCACCAUUGAGCUCAAUGCUGCAUCUCUUGAUCAUAUGAGAAAAUUGGUUCGACAGCUUUUAGGAGAUGCUAAUAUACCCGGCAUGAAUGACGGCCAGCUGAAGGAAUGGGAAGAUGUCUUGAUGAACCUAUUGCUCAAAGUGUCUGACAAUGUUCAUCCAGAUAUUAGAGGAGGUGACGAAAUUGACAUUCGCCACUACGUGAAGAUCAAGAAGAUACCCGGUGGUCGACCCAAGGAUAGUUCCUAUGUCAAGGGCGUUGUUUGCUCGAAAAAUGUAGCCCACAAGCAAAUGGUUCGAAACAUUGUUAAUCCCAGGAUCUUGAUCUUACUCUUUCCUUUGGAGUAUUCUCGCGUUGAGAAUCAGCUCUUAUCACUUGAACCUGUUCUAUCUCAAGAGCGAGAUCAUUUGGGAAAGCUAGUAGCUCGAAUUGUCGCUCUACGUCCUACUUUGGUUAUUGUUAAAUCCUCAGUAUCAAGGCUGGCUUUGGAAUAUUUACUCAAAGCAAAUAUCCCUGUUGUAUAUAAUGUAAAACUCAGUGUCAUUGAUGCCGUUGCUCGUUGCACUGGUGCCAGUAUUAUUCCCUCUAUUGACAAGCUACAUUUUGGUGACCUCUCGCUUGGACACUGCGGACUGUUUGAAAUCAAGACAUUGGUGCACUCUUGGCUACCCAACCGAAGAAAAACGUUCCUUAUCUUUGACCAAUGUGCGCCUGAGCUUGGCGGAACCAUCAUUCUUCGUGGUGGAGAUCUAUCUGUUUUAAGGGCUGUCAAACGAGUGGUCGACUUCAUGUGCUUUGUUGUCAAUAACCUUAAACUGGAGUCGUUCUUAUUACGAGACUUUGCAAAGUCUCGCAAUCUACUUCCGCAACCAUCCAAUUCAACACCAGAUACUGAAGAAGGUGCUGGACUUGGCAUUGACCUUACUGGCCAAUCCAUGGCAACAUCCGAUGGCACAGCCGACACCGCUUCAUUGACGAGAGAGGCUGUCCAGUCAGACGAAGUAAAGGUUAUCGGAUCAAAUGAGGACAUCAUUGAUAUUUCCAAACUCCAACGUCACUAUCCUGAAUAUCAGUCUCUACUGGAAGAUGAAGAGCAGCUUAAAGUUACCAACGCUACCAUUGAUCAAUAUUUAUCAGCGACAUUGUCUGCAUCACCAUUUGUGGUCUUCCCUCCGCCAUAUCUUUUGCUUCGACUUCGAGAAAUGGAACAGAGAUUGCUGAAUAUUAACAAGCAGCGACUCAUGGCGUAUGCUCAGCAACAGCAACAGCAGUCUUCAAGCACUGUCCAAGAGUUGUCGAUGGUCACAACACAUCAUACUGGAUCAUCUAUCGCAUCGACAGAUCGGUCUACUGCUAGUGCAUUGAGUGGAGUUACCUUGGCUACCAACUCCGAACACACGUCUGCUCUAGACGCAGAAUAUGAUCAUGCAGAAGAAGAUUAUCAGAUGCGAAGCCGAGCUUGGGAGUCAUACAUUACGGAAAGCUCUGAAGUGAUUUCGCCAUUUUAUCAUCAAAACAUAGUGGCGCUUUACUCUAUCGUCUGCACGGAGACAACGGUUCCAUGUCAUGGCCCAGAAAUUCGCAUGUUCGAGUAUUACCGCCAUCAAAGUGAUAUUACCAUAGGCCAGUACAUUGAGGACCUUUGCAUAGAAGCAAAUCUUAUUUGUCAUUCGUCUAUGUGCGAACGUCCCAUGGUUAGUCAUUAUCGGUCCUACGCUCAUGGAAGCGCUCGACUCAACGUCCAGAUAGAACCUUUUGCAUGUCCUCAACCUGGUAUGGCGCAUACAAUCCUGAUGUGGAGUUUCUGCAAGAUUUGCAGCAGUCCAACGCCGGUCGUUCACAUGUCCGAGAAUACAUGGAAAUACUCCUUUGGAAAGUAUUUGGAGCUAUCGUUCUAUCUCACUGAUCUCCCUUCCCGUUCCGAUUCUUGUCCUCACGACCUAUACCGAGAUCAUGUUCGAUACUUUGGACUUAACAAUUACGCUGUUCGAUUCCAAUACGAACCUAUCGAAUUAUUGGAAGUAUUUGUACCGCCCAUGAGACUUUUCAUUCAAGUACAAGCCCAAUCUGCUAUCAAGGAAGCUGAUUUAGAAAACAUUAGGAGCAAGAUUAACAAGUUUUACGACUCUUUGAGUUCACGAAACAAGCAAUUCCCGUAUGAUAUUGUCCACCCUACCAAACGUGAAAAAUGCAAGUACGAAGUUGAAGAGCUGUCUCGUAGAGCCACUGGAGAGAAAAAAGCGAUGCUUCAAUUAUUGCAAUCAGUGUAUGCGACCACACCUUCCACCGAUAUUAUCAGUCUGAACUUUGUUCGAAUGAAACUGCAAAUGAACGUUAUGCAAUGGGAUACUGAUUAUAACGAUCUCAUGAAGCAUUAUUUCCAACCAGAGCGAGAACUACGACGUAUGACAGCUACACAGUUAAAGCGAAUGUUUCCUCCAGACAUUACUGGUACAGCAUCUUUAUCGGCUUUGGAUUUACGUGCUCAAAAGGCUGCUGAAGUGGCUGAUCUCCCAUUACUUGACAUUAAUCUGGAUUCUGGCCAUGCAAAUACACAUGGUCUAUCUGGAAUGGAAGCUUACACUGACAGUAUGCCGGAUCAUUAUCCCAUACCCUCACAGCUUCCAGCAUUGGGCUCCUCGCCAAGUAAUUCCACCAUCAUUCCUGUUAUAGAGGAUGACGUUGAUGGGAUUCCCGAACCAACUAAUGUGGUGGAAGUUUUACAAUCCAUGGUGGAACUACAAAAGCAAGCUGUGCAGGAACCAAGUUUUGCCGAAACAUCUUUAACGCGACGACUUUCCAUGGAGCUAAUGAAAGAAACAGCCGGAAGCAAACGCACAGUGAGAGAAGCAGCUCCCGGUGAUAUUCUUAAUACCCAAUCCAAUGAUCGAGGCAUAUCUGAUGCUGAUUUACUUCGUCGUCAACCACCCAUGUUGUCUAUGACUGCUCGUAAACCGUCCUCAACGCAUUUGCCUACCCUCGAUACUAUGAAAUCAAAAUCUGCAGCAGCGCAGUCGGCCAACUCUUUUGCAGCUACAUCCAAAAUACCACAACCACCUCAAAGUAUGGCAAAGAAAAGACAGAUUCCAAACAAGGACAAAGUAACCCUUGUAGUUCCAUCCAAUGCUAGAGAUAGGCCAGGGAAGAAUAAGCCUCUACCCGAGCCUCCAAUGGAAGAAUCAAAAGAAAUUGCAUUGAGUGGUUACCGUUAUGGUUACCGUGGAAUGAAUGACAGAGCUGGAGUUGAUCUACGACGGUCGGAAUCUAUGCAUAAGCCAAACACAACUUAUAAUAUGGUUCCUCAAGCUUCUAAAAGCUCAAGAAGCCAUCGAACGGACAAGCGGGUGUAUUUGCAAGGCGCUCAUGACCAUGAUCAACCGGCCAAAACCAGUCGUUUUGAUAAAUCUCGCCGUACAUUGGCUGCCAUGGCUUCCAGAGUCAGAGGUGUUCGACAGCGUCUUCCUAGCAAAGCUUCCAUCGAGGUUUACACCACAGUUAAGGAGCUUGUGAAGGAGGAAUCAGAUGAUGAGUUUCAAGGUACUGAUCUUGAUGAAGUUCCCGAUUGCGAAGAGGAAACGACGGAAAGUCUUCGACCCACAUUCAAUCGCAUUUUUUCAUUAACCAAGACGGACGAAUUCGACGAAUCUCAUGAGUUUGUGACACCAGAGAUUUCCAAAAAUUGGAAUGAAGAUAAUGAUGAACAAGAUGACUACUUCACUGCUCUUCCAGCUCUUGGUACAGAUAUCGAAGAUACCAAGCAGGACCCAGUGGCACUGAAGAAUCUUACUGAGAUAUUUUCACAAUCCAUGGCUUUACCAAAUGACCCCAACUGGGAUCCAUCCACCUCAGCGUUGGGUUCUUUGGUUAUGUCUGCUCCUUUAGCGACGGCUGCCAUUGGACCUGGCUCUACUGCCUUUCCGCCCAGACUCAGCACUGCGAUCAGCACCAUCGGGGCCACACCUGGUAUUGUCAAUUUGCCAGGGGAAGAUUCUGAUAUCGCUUAUGAUAAGACCUCAUCUACUCAGCAGAGCUCGCUCAUAAAGACCAUCGCCAAUAUGCUAGCUGACCGUGGCGUUGGAAGCUUACUUUCUCUUGAAUACCCAUUGUCAUCGAUCGAGCACGUAUUUCCCGAUUCGCUGAUCAUUGUUAGAGAAGACGAACCAAGUACGAUCAUCGCCUAUACCCUCAGCUGCGAUGAUUACAUUGGCAAACUUCGUGAGAUAAGAGAUACGUAUUCAGAAAGCAUCCACACGGACGAAUCGGUCAUGCAUAGUGUGAUUGAUGAAAUCGACAAACAGAGCAUACAUAGUUAUACAUCGGAUGGAGUGGCGAGCGAAACACCCGACAUGGGAUACAACAAUAUCAGUGAUAUGCACAUUGAGCGAACGCUUCGAAGUGAAACAGGAACGCACGUUAAAUACCACUUUUCUGAUCGUACCACCAAAUUCUUUUGCAAGAUCUUCUUCUCAGAACAGUUCGAUGCGUUGCGAAGGAAUUGUGGCUGCGACGAAAGCUAUCUGGGGUCGCUAGCCAGCUGCAUCAAAUGGGAUUCUUCCGGUGGAAAAAGUGGAUCUGCGUUUCUCAAGACAAAGGAUGACCGACUACUGAUGAAACAAAUGUCGAGACCAGAAAUGGAUGCUUUCCUCAAAUUUGCACCAGCCUACUUUCAAUAUCUCUCGGAGGCCUUGUUCCAUGGUCUGCCCACAGUGUUGGCAAAAAUAUUUGGUUUCUAUCGAAUUGGUUUCAAGAAUGCCGUCACUGGCAAAUCGAUGAAAAUGGAUUUGUUGGUCAUGGAAAACCUGUUCUAUCAGCGGAAUGUGACCAAGAUCUUUGACCUAAAGGGAUCUAUGCGCAAUCGAAAAGUCAACGCCACUGGCAAGGAAAAUGAAGUGCUUCUUGAUGAGAAUCUCGUCGAAUUCAUGUACCAAUCUCCUCUGUUCUUACGAGCACAUUCAAAGGAGAUUCUAAGGGGUUCUUUGCAUAACGACACGUUAUUUUUGUCAAGACUGAAUGUAAUGGACUACUCUUUGCUAGUUGGUAUUGAUGAAGCGAGCCAGGAACUGGUUGUCGGCAUCGUAGAUUUCAUACGCACAUUUACAUGGGAUAAGAAACUAGAAAGUUGGGUCAAAGAAUCAGGCAUUCUUGGCGGAGGUAGAGAACCUACUAUCGUCACCCCCAAACAAUAUCGAAUUCGGUUCAAAGAAGCCAUGGAGCGCUAUUUCCUUAUGGUACCUGACUUCUGGGCGACUCGACGAGUACGGGUUUCUCAUCCAAUGCCGAUUCCCUCCGUCCAUUUGGUGGAAAGCAACCCAUAAAAAGGAGGCAAGAGAGCGCUUAAUGCGACAGAAGGAAUGAUCAAGACACUUUGCGUUGGGGUCACUGGGGAAAUCCCACCAAAGGCUGUGGAGACUAAAAGUAAACUUGUACUUUUCAGAAAAAGGAGAUGAGGAGUGAUACCAUUAAAAUAGUUAUAAUAAAUUUAGAGAAUGUACACAACUGCAAGAUGUCAAAAGCGA